AUGCUACCACUCUCGAGACUUUUGAGACGUCUCAAAAGACACCAAGCUGACUCAUUUACAUGCUACCACUCUCUGCCCUCCUUCCCUUUUUCUCCUUUUUGCCAGACAUGGGGAGGAGCUUCGUUAAGCAUUGCAAAGGCACAGCCGCAGGGGGAUAGAGCAGUAGGGCAACUGGAGCAGCAAGGCCAGAGGCGGGUGACUCUGCGUUUGAGGCUGAGUGGGCAGCCUAGCAGUUCUGCUCCGGCUCAGCCUCCUGCUGCCGUACCUCCUGCCGCACCUCCUCCUGAGCCUCCUGCCGCGCCUCCUCCCGAACCUCCUGCCGCCGAACCUCCUGCCGCUGCUCCUCCUGCCGAACCUCCUGCCGCUGCUCCUCCUGCCGAACCUCCGUCCUUCCCCCUACUCUCCCCCCAGCCUCACCCCCUGCACUUCCCCCCGCCUCUCCCCCUGCACUUCCCCCUGCGCCUCCCCCUGUUCUCUCCCCAGCCUACUCUCCUGAUCCCCCUUCAUCCCCCCUCCGUCUCCCCCUCCCCCAGACGGCCUAGGCACCCUCACUCCUACAGCCGACUCCCCUCCCCCCUCCUCUCCCUCCUCCCCUCCUCCUCCCGCUCCCCCCCUCCCCCCUCUUCUCGUACCCCUCCCAUCUCUCUCAUUCCUGGUACCUCCACCUCCUAUCCUCCUCCUCCCCCUCCCCAAACUAUUUCCAACCCUUCCCUCCCCCCUGCUGCUGAUCCUCCAUCGCUUCUUUCCCCCUCCCCUGCUGCUUCCCCUGCCCUCCCCCCCGAGAAUUCCCCCUCUCUUCCCCCUAUAGGUUCCCCUUCCCCCUCCCCCGCCCCCGCCCCUUCCCCUGAUUUUCCCACCGCCAUCUCCCCUGCCCCUUCCCCUGCCCUUGCCCCAGCGCCCUCCCCAACCGCCUUUCCCCCUGAACUUCCCCCAGCUGCUUCCCCCCUUCCCCCGGAUCCCCCUCAACCUCCCCCCCCUCCCCACAGACCCCCUAAAAGACACCCCCCACGCGGCCCCCAACCCCCUCCCCCUUCCGAGCCUCCUAUCGAGCCUCCGGCCGAACCUCCUGCCGAGCCUCCGAGCCUUUCUCCUGCUCCUAGCCCUUCCCCCUCCCCCUCUGCUGUCUUCCCCCUUUCCCCGUCUCCUCCCCCACCUCUCUCUCCCCACCCCCAUCGUUUCCCCCCAACUGCCCCCACUCUCUCCUCCCCUUCCUCAUCCCCUCCUCCUUCCCCACCUUCUUCCUCCUCUCGCCCUCCUUCCUCACUCUACCCCCCUCCGCACACUCUUCCCCACCCCCCUCCCUCACUCCCCCCUCCCCCACCUCAUUCUCUUCCCCAUCUCCCUCCCCCUCCCCCUCCCCUCCAUCGUCCCACGAAACGCCACCCCCCUCUCUAUGCCGGCACACCCCGCAGCUUAGCACCUGUCACCCUCACACCUCCCCCCUCUCCCCCUCCUCCCCCCUCUCCCUCUCCUCCUCCUCCUCCCCCCUCUCCCUCUCCUCCUCCUCCUCCCGCUCCUACUAGCCUCCAAUCCACCCCUCCUCCUAGCUUUUUCCCAUCCCUCCCUCCUGGUGCUCUUACCCCGUCAUUGCCGCCUCCUCCGCUGCUUGCGCCUCCUCCUCUGUUUUCCCCUCCGCAGUUCACAAUCGGCCCAUCCAGCCCGGCCGCUGUCCUGCCGUCACCACCACCUCCUCCGCCACCGCUGCUCAUCCUUCCACCCCCUCCCCCUGACAGCAGAAAAGAAAGGAGAAGAGCAGAGGCAGACGAGAAGAGGCACUCGCGUGUCUUGGCAAGAGCAGGGCAACAAAACUCUCAGGGGAAGCCGGUGCAGCUGAAUCGGACGGAAGUGGCGAGGAUUCGACGUGUGUUGCUUUCGGGGCAAGUGGAGCCAGACCCGAGUUUGUUUGGGGAGUUUACCAUCCUUUUUAUUCUAGACCCGGGUCAACCGUUCCCCAGCCCGCCCCCUCCUUCAUCCCCCGAUCCCAUUCUCUCACCAACGAUCACCAGCAACACCACCAACGCUGACUGGCCUCAAAGGCUCAAAAUUGCGCUAGGGAUCGCUCAGGGCUUGCGGUAUUUACACGAGGAUGCAUCCCCUUCAAUUAUCCAUCGAGACUUGAAAUCAGCUAAUGUGCUGAUCGAUAGAGAUUUUGUACCUAAGAUUGCUGAUUUCGGGCUGGCUAGAGCCUUGGGGACGGAAGAGAGGGGAGAAGGCAGGAAAGGGGUUGAGGGGAGACAUCUGGUAGGCACGUUCGGUUAUAUGGCUCCAGAAUACACACUCACAGGCAGCUACAGUCUCAAAAGCGAUGUGUACAGCUUCGGCGUUAUCCUCCUGGAGCUUCUCACCGGACGUAAACCUGUGGUCCGGUCCGAGCCUGGAGGUGUGGAGAGCCUCGUGCAGUGGGCCAGGCCGCUGCUUGCCGAGCCUAGGCUGCAGGUUCGGCAGCUCGCCGAUCCGUCGCUGGAGGGGAGGUUCGACGAGGGGAGUCUGGUUCGGAUGGCUGCGGUGGCUGGGAUGUGUGUUGCUGUUGAGGCUGGGAAAAGACCGGCUAUGAGUCAAGUGGUGGAGGUGAGUUCUGUUCUACGGUCUACCUACCUUUUAACUAAGUGUCUUUGUGUGCAACCUCUGUGUGUGUCUGCAAGUAUGGCUGCUAUGGCUGGGAUGUGUGUUGCUGCUGAUGCUGGGAACUGA